AUGAGGAACCACACAGAGCUGAGUGAGUUCAUCCUACUGGGAAUACCUCAGACAGAGGGACUGGAAACUGUGCUCCUUGUCACCUUCUCCUUCAUUUACCCCUUGACCCUACUGGGCAAUUUGCUCAUCCUUCUAGCAAUUGUCUCCUCCUCGACCCUUCACACUCCCAUGUACUUCUUCUUGGGACUCCUCUCGAUUUUGGACAUGCUGUUCCCCUCUGUACUCUGUCCCAAGAUGCUAUUCUAUCUCUCUGGCCAGAGCCGAGCCAUAUCUUAUAAGGGAUGUGCUGUUCAGCUCUUCUUCUAUCAUUUCCUGGGUUCUACGGAAGGCUGCCUCUAUUCUGUGAUGGCUUAUGAUCGCUUUGUUGCCAUCUGUCACCCACUGAGGUAUAAGCUCAUCAUGGGACCUGGAGUCUGUGUUGGUUUGGUCAUGGCAGCCUGGUUGGUAGGUUGUCUUCAGGCCACUAUCCUGACAUCCUUUACCUUUGAGCUACCCUACUGUGGCCCCAAUAGAGUGGACCACUUCUUCUGUGACAUUCCUGCUGUCUUACCCCUGGCUUGUGCUGACAGCUCCUUUGCCCAGGGUGUAGCUUCCACUAGUGUUGGCUUUCUGGCUUUAAUGCUUUGGUUGAGUAUUUGUGCCUCCUACACACGCAUUGGGAUUGCCAUUUUGAGGAUCCGUUCUGCAGAGGGCAGGCAGAAAGCUUUCUCUACCUGCAGUGCCCACCUCACUGCCAUUCUCUGUGCCUUUGGACCUAUAAUCAUUGUCUAUCUGCAGCCCACACCCAACCCCUUGCUAGAUGCCAUGGUGCAACUAUUAAAUAAUACUGUCUCACCCAUGCUGAACUCGUUAAUCUAUUCCUUAAGGAACAAAGAAGUGAAAAGUUCCCUAAAAAGGAUUUUCCACAAUGUAGUACUACUGUUCUGCACUAAAUUAAGGGUUUUAUAA